AGUUCCCUCAGUUUUCUUAUGCACACAAACGUAUAUUUUUUAGUUUAAAGUUUUUGUAUAUAUGUAUAAUAUUUAGGGGCUUGUGUAUGUGUGUGUAUAUAUAUAUAUAUAUAUAUAUAUGUAUGUCUUUUUAGCUUAGAGUUAUAUGUAUAUAAUUAGUGUAUAUACAUAUAUAAGCACUUGUGAUUCCGCGGUGUUAAUGUGGAAAAUUGAACGUGUUAAAUAUAUAAAUUAUACAAAGGUGCAACGUGCUGUGACUAAGGUAGGCGAAAAUAAAAGAGGAGAAUACACUGAUUAUGGAACGUAAACAAGGCCAGACUAUCCGUAGUGAGGCGAGAAACAUAAUCCGACAUAUUAUAAGAAAGUGCGAUGAAGAAUCACGUAAAAAUGAAAUGACUUAUUUACUCCCGCAAGCGACUCUCCGUGCCUCGUAUUAUACUGGAGUAUCCGUUAAAACUAUUUGUCGGAUCCGGAAAGAAGAUGCAGAGUGUGACGAAAAUGAACCGCUACCAACACCAGGAGCGAAACGCCCAAGAGGAGAAGAUAAAAAAUUUUAUUGUUCGCUCGAGGACCAAGCAACGAUUAGAAGUAUUAUUUACGAUUUUUACGUGACGAAAAAAAUUAUGCCAACGGGGCCUAAAUUGUUGACGGCCAUCCGUCAACUGAUCGAUUUUCCAUGGGAAUUACAUAGUCUUUAUAGAUUACUCAGGCGUAUGGGCUUUGAGUGGAGAAAGUCAUCUAAUAGUAUUAAAAGAGUAUUGGUUGAAAGGCCGAGUAUCGUAGCCUGUAGAUCUAAAUAUCUGAAAGCCAUAGAAUAUUAUCGAAAGCAAAACAGACCUAUAAUUUACAUCGAUGAAACAUGGGUCGAUGAUUUAUGUUUUCAUAAGUGUUUGCACAGUAAAGAGACGUUAGAAAUGGUAAAUACCACCAGUUCAUCGGAGAGGUUAGUUGUUGUUCACGCCGGAUGGAAGGAAGGUUUUAUCAAAGGGGCGGAAUUAAUCUUCAAAACCCAUAUAACAACUGGCGAUCCCGAGGGACUUAUGACUGCGGAAAAUUUCGAAAAAUGGAUCGUUGAAAAAUUAUUACCGAAUAUUCCGCCAAAGUCUAUUGUGGUUAUGGACAACGUUCCCUACCAUUCAGCUCAACUGAACAAACCACCCACAAAAUAUUCCAAGAAAGCAGAUAUGGUUCGUUGGUUGGUGGAAAAUAAUAUCCCCCACACACAAGAUAUGAGAAAAUACCAGUUGCUUGAACUGAUAGAAAAAAGCAAGAAAUGUAGGAAAACUUUUAAAGUCGACGAAAUGCUGAAACUACACAAUCACAAUGCGUUACGAUUACCACCGUAUAUGUAUUAUGAACUAAAUCCUAUUGAUUUAGCUUGGACCCAAAUAAAAAGAAAAUUACGUGAAAAGAAUCUGUUCGUUUUGUCAAGCGAUGAUCUGGAAACGUUUACCGUCGAGGCAAUCAACGAAGUGACACAAACUGACUGGCAAAAUUUCUGCGAACAUAUAGAGAAACUUGAGGAAGAGUAUUGGCAGAAAGAUGGAUUAGUAGAGGACAUUACAGAUAGUUUAGAAUUACAACCUGGUGGCUCAGACGACAGUGAUUCUGACGAGAGCACAGAUUUUGAAGAUUAAUCAGGUACCGUCAGCGUCUACAGAGUUGAUACUCGGAAGGAAUACGGAUCUGAUUGGUCAUACACCAGCUAAGCUUACACGUAUUUUCCGCCAUUUACUUACUAAUUAGGCUUGUGUAAAAAUAAAGAGCCGAUCGGUGGAUGUGAAGGAUCGCCUUGCCGUCCCAAGUUUCAACUUAGCAGACUCAAACGAUAUACAUACAGGGUGUUCCAGAAUGAGUGUAAGCCGCUUAAAGAGCUAGUAACUAGGGUGAUUCUGAACAACAGAAUCCUUUGUGAAUUAUUAAGGAAAAACAUUGACCAAUCGGAGCGCGCAUAGCGCGCGGGCUCAGGUACGACGGUGUCGGCUACAAAAACUGGACUUGUCCUAGGUCCCGAACGAACACUUUCGGCACCCUGCCGGAAAUGCUGUUUAGAAUCACCACAGCCACCACCACUUCAAGCGGCUCACACUCAUUCUGGGACACCCUGUAUAUAUAGAAUUUAUUUUUAUAAAAAUGAAAAUUAUU